GUUCGCCCACUCCUCCUCCUCUCUCCCAUCGGGUACAAUGUUACUCUUUGCAAUUCCUCCUCAACCACCUCUCUCCAGCCCACACUCUCACACCUGUGCCCUCCAUUUCUACACCUCCCUUCACUCUCUCGGACCAAAUACUCACAGAAGACGCUCCUUCCUCCUCUUCGCCCGCUCUUCCUCUCCCUCUUCGCUCGCAAGCUCUAGCCCAAGCCACACGCUCCGCCACGUGUCCCAAGACGACGAUGAGCCCGACGGAGCCAUGGUCUCUUCCGCCUCCGCCCUCGCCUCCGCCAUUCGCAGAGCCUCCACCUCGCCCGUGGAGUUCAUGCAGCGGAUCGACAAGGACCAAAAGAGUCGCCUCGUCCUCCCGAGCCCCGAUUUUCAGAGACUCUGCGUCGAGCAGCUAGACCUCUUUCGCCGAAUCGUCGAUCCCGACGCUCUGCUCACGGUCUAUGUAAGACCAGCUGGUAGUUAUGUCAUGGACCGUCUAGAGCUACGUCGUGUUACUGUUUAUCCUGGAGGAGUGGAUGUAUCUGACACUGUUAUCAUAGUCGGCAAUUUCAGUAUUCCGACAGGUUUGCGCGCAGCAGAAGCUGCACUCUCCAAUCAACAAGUAGAAGUUGUGCCUGAGAAUAGGGCUGUGGUUUUUCCAAUGGUGAAACAUCCAUUUGUGUUGGGAUUCUUGGUUGCCGAGCUUGCGAUGGAAAUGUGUGGGAAUGAAGAGAGUGAAGGGCACGAUUUGAUUCACUGUUCACCUUCUCCAGAGGAAGCAUAUGCUUCGCCUCUCAGCUCGGGUAUGAAAUCAUGGGAAAUUCAGAGUGUCAAGGAAGAGCCGAAGAGAAUGUACAGGUUUAGUGCUGAGCAAAGAGCAAAUGCUAUCAACAUAGCUCGGUCUCUAGCUAUGGCUUAUGUUAUGGAUCAGAAAGCAAUGUUACUCAAGCAAUCAUCGUGGCAAAAUAAUGUCAGGAUGAGCAAUCUCGUUGAGCAAAUUCGUGGUCCUCUUUCUAGCAUCCGGACUUUAAGUAAGAUGCUGUCUAUUCAGCUGAAGAGAAGUGAGAUUGCUUAUGACAUUGUCGAAGACAUGCUGGUGCAAGGUGAUCAUAUGAGAGAUACCCUUCAACAAAUCCAGGAUGCAGUUUACUUGACAAAGGCUAAUAUAGUGCACUAUAACGAAGAAACGUUGAAGAAAGUGCAUAGUUCAACUUAUACCCAUGAGUCAGUGAGGUCUCAGUUACCAGAUAACUUUUCAAGGGAUGGUUCCAGAAAUAAGAUGCAAAACUCUAGCAAGCCACUUUCUCUAAAUGCUGUAGCCAAGGAUUUAGAGAUGCCCCUCCCACCUCUGGCUCUUGCUCCUCUACAACAUGGAAUUAGACCAUGCAGUGUUUCUGAUGUGUUGGCAGAUCUGGUUGAGGCUGUUAGACCUCUUGCCCAUAAGCAGCAACGUAUGGUAGAACUAAGUAAACUCUCAGAUCCCUUACAAGUUGCUGUGGAAGAACCUGCGUUGCGCCAGGCUCUGAGCAAUUUGAUUGAGGGUGCACUGUUGCGUACACAUGCUGGAGGAAAGGUUGAAAUUGUGUUUACUGGAGCACCUGCUGGUGGUACUCUUGUAGUUAUUGAUGAUGAUGGGCCUGAUAUGCACUAUAUGACACAAAUGCACUCCCUCACGCCAUUUGGAGCAGAUCUCUUCUCAGAAGAUAUGGUUGAAGACAGCAUGACAUGGAACUUUGUUGCUGGGCUAACUGUUGCUCGUGAGAUACUUGAGAGUUACGGCUGUGUCAUCCGUGUCAUAUCUCCCCGGACCACAGAUGCUGCCCUUGGAGCUGGAGGAACUCGGGUAGAACUCUGGCUUCCAUCUUUUACAGAUUUAGCUGAUUUAAAUGGCCACGCUCAGGAGGGAUAGCAAGGAUUUGAAAUGUCGACGGCAGGGAUCUUUCUUGGAAUAGAGGGAAUGCAUCCCUUGUUCAGUUGAAGAGAAUGAGGUGGUAUAGAAUUCAUAACUUCUUGCCUGGUCGGUGCAUAUUCUGUUUGUGAUUUCAGGGGUUGCUGUAUACUGUAUAGUUUAUUGGUCUGCUUGUUUGUCCUCUUACUACAAGCACGGACAUUGAAAAAGUUGUAAAUAGCUUAAAGGUUAUUGGAGGCAAUAUUAGUUCAAAGAUGAUGUUGGAUGAUUAUCUUCAGCUGCAUCUAAGAAAGUACAAAACACUCACCACUGGCUGGUUGUGUAUCAUAUGUAGUUAAAUGGAAUCUGCUUUAUUUCUGAAA